AUGAUGUCUCCACAUGACUUAUCCGUUUUAGUCUCUUCAGUCUUGGGACUGGUCUUGGCAAUCCCUUCUAACACUUGUAUUGUGAUGGGUAAUCUGGACAUCAUCAGAAAGAAAGGGAAGUUGAGUCCCUCCGAUGUGAUCUUUCUGGGGAAGGGAAUUGUGAAUAUUCUCCUCCAGUGUGUGAUGAGUCUUCAGGGAAUGCUCUAUGUCUUGUGUCAGGCAUUCGUUUAUGCUACAGAAGUAUGUGGAUUUAUGAACACAUUGAUUUACUUUCUAAUAUAUUACAACUUCUGGUUGACCUUCUGGCUCUCGGCUCAUUACUGUACCAGCAUCACAAAUCUCAGCUAUGGGUUCUUCAUCUGGCUCAAGAGAAUUGUGUCAAAUUUCCUGAGUCACCUUCUAUUCCUGACAGGAUUCGGGAUAUUCAAUGUGAGUGUCUUGUGCUUCUGGGCUGCCAAUGCAGAAAUCACCCCAUCUUCUGAGAACAGUACAGAAGCCUAUGGUAACAGGUCUUAUUUUAAUCUUUCCUAUUUUGUGCCUGUGACCGUCCUAGGCAUCAUUUUUCCAUUCUCUCUUAGUCUUCUGUGUCUGGUCCUCACUUUCUCCUUUCUGCUCAGACACGUCUGGAAGGUGAAGAAUAAUGACUCGGGAUCAACACGUCCAAAUCUUCAGGCUCAUGUCACGGCACUGAGGACAAUCUUCUUCUUACUUCUCAUUUUUACAUUCUUCUGCAUGUUUCAAGUGGGUUUUUUUCUACAAAAUUCCUCAUUGGUAACAGUCUGGUGGACUUUGCAAUUAUUAGCUCCAUUGGUAGAGGCCGCCAUCAUCUUCCAGGCCAGCAACAAGCUGAGACGGAUCAUUCUGAGAAGAUUCAGAACCAGAAGCUGGAGGAACACAGAGACUUAA